ACACAAUAGCACACACAAAGAGAGAAGUCACAAGUCCUGAGCACAGCAUGGUGGAGUACACAAUCACACCGGGUGACGUGGAGGUCGGCGUGGAGGAGAGGACGGUGGUUCUGCUCGGCAAGAAGUCGUCGUCGCCGUGGAUGCUGAAGGCGUGCGGGGCCCUGCUGGUGGUGGCCCUCUGUUUCGGAGGCGUCCUCAUGUUUGCUUGGCACUGGAACGGGAGCUCAGAAACCAAGACGCAGUCGGGUCAGACAGACGCUCUGAUCGGGGAGGACGGCGCUGAGAAAACAGAUCCCCACUACACGCUCAGUCGAAUCAGCAGCAAAGCCAAGGCAGCCAUCCAUCUAGAAGGAAGCUACGAAGAAGGCGAGAGCUCCGACCUGGAGUGGACCAACGGUCAGGGCCAGGCCUUCGCUCAGGGAGGCUUCCGGCUGGUCAACAACCAAAUCGUGAUCCCUCAGACCGGGCUCUACUUCGUGUACAGUCAGGCCUCGUUCAGGGUGUCCUGCGGCGACGACGACGGGAAACUCCUGGCGCCGCUCAGCCACAGGAUCUGGCGCUACUCGGACUCAAUUGGAAGCAGAGCGUCGCUGAUGAGCGCGGUGAGGUCGGCGUGCCAGAACACGGCUCAGGACGACAGCUUCAGAGCCGGGCAGGGCUGGUACAACGCCAUCUACCUGGGCGCCGUGUUUCAGCUGAACAAGGGCGACCGACUGUGGACGGAAACCAACCAGCUGUCGGAGCUGGAGGCCGAAGACGGCAAGACGUUCUUCGGAGUGUUUGCACUUUGAACUGCACAGGAACACUGGUUUCUGUUUGUAUCAUCCUCGUGGUGAUGUAGAAACUUCUGAAUCUCAAUUGAGAUGGAGCGCUGAGUUCAGACAACCUAUAAACUGUAACAGUUUGCAACAUUACUUCUGUUUUAGGCACUUUUUAUUUAUGUUGACCUGAGAUUGUACAGGCCAGACUUCCUCUGCUGCACCGCCUGCUGACGGUCCACGUUCAGCCUUCCGCCUGUUACAAGCUGUUUGUAUUUAUUUCUAUUUAUUUGUAUUUAAAGUUGUUUAGCUGUUUGAAGAUAUUUAAGUACUUUGUGCACAUGAUUAAAAUGCAAAAGACCAAAA